ACCCCUUUCUUAGCCCACGCCUACUUAGUAUGUGAAUUUAGCUUUAAACUGUACGAUUCUUGCUUGCAGUCUGGGCUUUCAUAAUUCACAGAGAAAUGGGAAGGAGAUCUGCAGAACUGUCGCUGGUCGUUCUGGUCUCGCUGCUAUUCUGCAUUAGUAAAUGCGCUUCUGCAGCAGGCUUGGAACUCACACUGCUUCACACCAACGAUGUUCAUGCACGAAUCGAGGAAACCAAUGAACGUUCUGGCUCGUGCACUAAAGGUUCAUGCUUCGCUGGAGUGGCCAGGAGAUUCACCAAAAUCAAGGACAUCCGGAGUCGAGAACGGAAUGUGUUGCUAUUGGAUGCGGGUGACCAGUUUCAGGGCACCGUUUGGUUCAACUAUUACAAGGGCGCUGAAGCAGCACAUUUUAUGAAUAAGCUCAGAUAUGAUGCAAUGGCAUUGGGAAACCAUGAGUUUGAUAAUGGAGUGGAUGGUCUGAUUAAGCCUUUUCUACAAGAAGUGAACUGCAGCAUUCUCAGUGCUAACAUUAAGCCAGAUGCUACACUGGCUCCAAAGAUAGCCGGCUACUACAUGCCCUAUAAGAUAUUUGAUGUAAGCACUGAAAAGGUGGCAGUGGUUGGAUAUACUUCAAGGGAAACACCAGCUUUGUCAAAGCCAGGCCCACAAUUGGUGUUUGAGGAUGAGGUCACAGCUGUGCAGCUCCAGGUAGACAAGCUUGUCACCUUGGGCAUUAAUAAGAUCAUUGCCCUCGGCCACUCUGGCUUUGUCACUGACCAAGAAAUUGCCAAGAAAGUAAAGGGAGUGGACGUGGUGAUCGGAGGACACACCAACACUUUUCUAUAUACUGGGACGCCCCCAUCGACAGAGGUACCAGCGGGCCCUUACCCCUUUAUGGUGCGGUCCGAACAUGGCUAUGAUGUACCCGUCGUCCAGGCCUAUGCUUUUGGGAAGUACCUGGGCUACUUGAAGGUGACCUUUGAUGAGCAAGGACGUGUGGUGACCUCAACAGGGAAUCCGAUCCUGCUUAAUAGCAGCAUACCAGAGGAUCCAGUUAUCCGUGCAGAUGUGGGGGAAUGGAUGAAGAGCCUGGCAAAUUACUCUUCGCAGUAUGUGGGAAACACCCGGGUGUACCUGAACGGCACCUUCGAAGAGUGCCGUUUCAGGGAGUGCAACCUGGGAAACCUAAUAUGUGAUGCAAUGAUUCAUCACAAUAUCAAGUACGCCGAUGAGGUUCAGUGGAACCACGUCAGCUUGUGCAUCCUGAACGGCGGGUCCAUACGGGGGCCUAUCGACGAGCGCAGCCGAAACGGUUCCAUCACUAUGGGGGACCUUAUUUCUGUCUUACCAUUCGGAGGCACGUUCGAUUUAGUGCAGCUGAAGGGAUCGACGCUGAGAAAGGUCUUUGAGCAUUCUGUAAAGAGAUAUGGAGGUGGCACUGGGGAGUUUCUUCAGGUGUCAGGGAUCCGUGUUCAGCUGGACGUGUCAAAGCCCCCAGACAACCGCGUGGUAGGUUUGAGCCUCCUGUGUACACACUGUCGAGUGCCCAGCUAUGAACCCCUGGAGGCUAACAGGACCUAUAAACUGGUCCUGCCGUCCUACCUGGUUGAGGGAGGCGAUGGGUACUCGAUGAUCCGGAAUGAGAAGCUCAAACACGACACCGGCGACUUGGACAUAUCCGUUGUUGCCGACUACAUCACCGAAAUGGAGCGGGUCUAUGCAGCUGUGGAGGGUCGGAUCACAUUCGUCAACUCCAAAUCGGGACCAGUGAGUGCAAGUCAUGUGACCAGGCCGAAACUGCUCCUGCCACUCCUGGGCGUGGUCUGGACCCUGUCGGAUAUCUCGUUUUUAGAUUAUCGCCUUUGAGAAAGAGGCAAUAGUCCCUUUUUGCACUGGGAUGUAGGAGCUAAAAGCAGAGAGGAACUGUCCACUACGGCUCUGAAAGGGCUGGUGAGGUGCGUUCAUGUUUGCUUUCCCAACGCACAUUGAGAGCCGUGAAGAUUAUGUAAAGUAGGAGGGUCUAUACCCAGGAAAUGCAUAUUCACUGUUCUAUUUGAUGAACAUCGGUUAUUGUAGUCUUUAAAUUUUUUUUCUAAUUCUGCUUUAGGUUCUUUUAUUUUUUCCUUGCAGUUUAGCUGAGUGGCCCAGUUCAGCUAAAUGCAAACCUUUUUGUUACGAGUUGCCGAGUCAAUUUCCCAGAUGAAUGUCGUCCUCCAACCAGAUACUGAUCAUAGCUUGCACCUCCUCGUUGACCACGAUGUUGUGAUUUUCUUUUUCCAUUUCAGAACUUGCUUGCUCUCUCACUGCUGAUAAAUGUUCAGUACGGCAAGUUCCACCCGAAUCAUUGACAGACCUUAAAAAGGUACUACCUUGCAAGCAAAGACUAAAAAGGGGAUAUGAAGCAUGCCCCAGGAGCCUAACCAAAAUUGUUCCUCUGGUGGAAAAGGGGCUUUAGUUCCUGAGUUCUGCAAAAAGUUCAUAAGUUAUGGAAAAUUUACUGUGUUGGAAAAGGGGCUAAUAUAAUUUGAUAUGGGAAACUUACUCCUAGUCCACACAAUAUUAUAUUGUUAUCAAGUGGCCUGCUCUAUUUAACCUGACAAUUUGACCUGACUACCUGUCACACCCCCCCCCCCCCCCCCCCCCCCCCCAACAGGACUAAAAGGGAAUGUCUUUAGGCAAUGAAAAGCCCACACUGAGGGUCUUGUCUCUGUUCUGCCCAGCGUGGCCACGGAGGAUAAUUAUUUCGUUUUUAUUUAAAGUUUUAAUGCCAAUCUCUGACGUCUAUGUUUGUCUAUGGUUGUUGAGGCCUGUCAGUUUUAAAUUUACAUUUUUUUUAGAGGCAGUUUCAAGGUCAGUGUAGUACAACUGGCCUUGUCACAUGGAUAAUAUUUUGAUAUACCUGAAGUUGAAGAUUGCAAUACUGGCUGGACUUACAAUUAUUGCCUACAGCUAUCUCCUCUGUUGUUAAAAGCAGAAGCAAAUUUACAUUUUUGUAGAGGUAUUUAAUAGCUAAGCUAAAUUACCUCCAUUCAUGUUUUGUCUUGUUAGAAAGAGGCUAUAACUAUGAAUCUUUUGAUAAUAAUAUUGUAGAGUUAGCCUUGCUUCCAACAAAAUGAGGCCACUUUAUAAGUAAAUGUAGGAGCUUUUAGAUAAGCCAGUGUCUCCACACCUUAAUUUUGCCUUACCCAAUCAAACAAAGCAUUUUCCCCUGAUAAUUCAUUAACUGUGAAUGGGCCAGGAGGAGCAGGGGUGUCCCUCCCCCUCUUUCAAUUACAUAAAAUGUAGGGCUGUCUUUAUUUUUGGCAAUUGAGUCUGGUGUCUGGAACUGGCGUUUGGUUUUGGUGUGCGUGGACUGUCUUGUAUUCUUUGUCUUUUUGAAUAUUCUGUUGUUCUUUGGUUUUUGAAAUUUGGUAUUGGUUUUCUUGAGAUCAUCUUUGGAGAAAAAAAAUGAUUUGGUGUAUUCUUUCAUUAAUUUCUUUUGUAACUGUACUUGUCUAUGUCUGUAACAUUAAUUAUUUGUUAAUGAAGCUAAACGUUUGUCUUUAGAUAUGUUGAAUGCUUGUAAUUUAAUAAAUCUCUUAAUUUUAAUCUGGUUUUGAGUGUACGUUUUGAUAAAGGUUGAUCCAACAGAUUGCUCUUCCAAUCAGCAAAUUUGGUGAUUUAAUUGAUAAUUGAUAUCUUUGAUAAUCUUUAACAAAUGAAAUCAAAUAAAUCUGUUUUGCAUGUUAGAUAAGAUAUGAGUUUUUUGUUGAUGCACUUGUGUUCUAUGUUCAGAGUGCUGAACAUUAAAUGAUGGUGUUACCUGUUAAAACUG